AUGUACCCGUCAUCAGCAAGCACAAAAGACUUAUCUCCCAUGCCAGAACAUCCUUCUCCAGCUUAUUUCUCUCAACGUCGUCAAAGCAUACCUCACAAUGAAAAGGAUACGUCAAUGUUCCUGAACGGCCAUUCACUGAUGCCCUGGAAGAGUGCCGAUAGCCUUGUCUACACUACUUCUCCUCCUCCUCCUCCACCACCGCAAUCACCAGCUCACCCUACCACAACAACGACAACUACAACAAACAGCAACAACAACGACAUGAAAAGUCCCUCUUCACGACCAAGUCGAUUAACAGUACGACGAUCCAGAGAACACUAUCAACCACUAUACCCACCUAAUGACCACCACUCCACUACCAGCCUUACUCAACGCAUCCGCAAAUUCUCCUUGUCACGAUCACCAGGCACCUCAACUACAACCAUAACAUCCCCCAGGCACCACCCUGCAACGCACUACAUACCUCCUGCAGACGUUGUCAUGACCAAUACCAUCAAUAAGGAUUAUGAUCCAAGCACGGGCAACAAGAUCAUCAACAGAUACAUGAUCAUACAAGAGAUCGGAAGAGGUGUCCAUGGAAAAGUCAAACUUGCUGAAGACAUUGAAACGAACGAGCUCGUUGCCAUCAAGAUUGUUGAUAAGCGUACGCGACGAAGACAAUUGGGAUACAGCCUUCUUCGAGGCAACAGUCAGAAUCAUGCUCAUGGGAUCAAGAAGCCUACUGAACUACCGCAAUACAAGGAGAAUGAACAAAAGAUACGACGAGAGAUCGCCAUUCUCAAAAAGUGCGCUCAUCCACAUGUCGUCCGCUUACGAGAAGUGAUUGAUGAUCCGGCAAGCAGAAAAAUCUAUAUGGCUUUGGAAUACAUGGAAGGUGGUGAAAUUGAAUGGCGUGAUGAGAAUGAAAUGCCAGUCUUAUCCAUCGAUGAAGCACGCAGUGUCUUUCGUGAUGUCGUCAGUGGUUUGGAUUAUUUGCAUUACCAAGGCAUCAUCCACCGUGACAUCAAGCCGGCCAAUUUAUUAUUGACGAAUGAGCACGUUGUCAAGAUAUCUGAUUUUGGCGUUUCCUACUUUAACGAGUUGUUGGCAGGCGGCGAUGAUGUUAUCCAGCACCGAUCCACCGAGAGUUGUAGCCGUAUUGAUCGAGAGCUUGCGGAAACAGCAGGAACACCUGCAUUUUUUGCGCCCGAGUUGUGUUGUGCAGGCGACAUGCCCCUAAGUCCAACAUCUGAGGAGGAUCACCAAAGCAUCCAAAGCAGCAGCAACGAUAGCACGCAUACUUCAGGAGCUCAAAAUCGACCACGAAUCACCAAAGCCAUUGAUGUAUGGGCCCUUGGCGUCACUUUGUACUGUCUGAUUUUUGGUCGAUGCCCAUUUAUCGCAGCAACCGAGUUUGAACUUUUCGAUUUGAUCCCAACCGAACCACUCAAGUUCCCGGAUCCCAAUGAAAUGGGUUUUGAUAUCGAUAAGGAGCUCAAGGAUCUCUUAACAAGAUUAUUGGCAAAGAAUCCAGAAGAACGUAUUACAUUGGAAGAUGUUAAGCAUCACCCUUGGGUCAUUGAAGAUCUUGAAUGUCCAGAAGCCUGGUGGGAUGAAGCUGAUCCACGACGCUAUAAGACCGUUGAAGUAACCGAUGAAGAAGUAACACACGCGGUGACAAUCAUGGAUCGAUUACGUAAAUCCAUUCAAAAGCUCUCCUCAUCCCUAUCCAAUCUCACUCAUGGUAUCACCAGGCGUCGAUCCAAAAGUGUUACUUCCUCUAAUGCACCACAAACACCAAACCAGCAAUUCACAUCACAACAACCCGUCAUUGCAACCCCUUCCUCACAACCGCUAUCUCCUCCUCUCAUGCACGGCAAACCAUCAUUUUCUACGUCAUCAAUCCCCCAAAACGAUUUACACACGCUUGGACGACCGCAAUCUUGUUUAUCAGAUGAUAUCCACUAUGGCUACCGAGAGAUUUACCCUGACUUGGAAGAAGAAGAUGAACAAGCCUAUUACGAGGAAGCCCCUAGUCCAACAUCAAAUCGACCCGAUCUUGUUCGCCAAGCGUCAUCAGCAUCCUCAUCCUCAGGUUUAGCCAUCACCAUCAGUAGAUAUCGUGGCGGAAUAUCUCCCCAUCCCUUGGAAUCGACACCACAAAAGUAA